AUGCGUCGAGGGGUUCGUCUCCUGCUCUGGGGCAUCGGCACAAUCGCCUUCGUCCUCUUGGUCUGCCAGAACGCCGGUCUCGUGCGUUGCCCGCUCAACGAUAGUGUUUCCGCUGCAGACAAGGCCGCCCUGCGGCAACAAUGGAAGAAAGAGCGAGCGGAACAUCAGACUGAGCUCGAAACGUGGAAGCGCGAGCACGCCGAAUACGAGGACGAGGCCGCGGGCUGGAAGCGUGGGCGUGAAGAGCACAAGAAGGAGCUGGAAGACUGGCAGCAGCAACGGGAGGAAGAGGCGCGCCAUCGUUUGGAGCUGAGGCGACGGAGCGAGGGCGUGUACUGGAAGGACCCGCACGGGGACCCACAUUGCCGUGCGUACGGGACGCGCGCGUACUACGCGAACCUCAAGGACGUGCCCGGGGACUUGAGCUGGCGGGAGGUGUGCUACAACAUGCCGCCUGUGACGAUCUCAGGUGGGCGCAACUUGACUGAUCCAGACACAUGCGAGCGGAAUGACGGAGGAGACAUCGUCGGAACGUGGUACGUGAACACCGGCGAACCCAACUGUAUGACGGGCUGGGGCUGGUUCGAGGACAAGGGAUGUACCCCCAGCGUGCAAGGUUUACUACGCUUCGAAUCUCCCCUCGAGAAUGUCCGCGAUGGCGACGACCAACAGGUCAUGUGCGAAACCACGCCUGCGAUCGUACGUGACGUGCUGUAUGCUAGUCCCAGCGAAUGUCAAUGGAGGACGCGGUGGAACAAGCUGGGAAAAUACAUGGUCGGGGUAUGGGACGUCCCGGACUCCCAACGGUGUUAA